AUGGACUUUGUUGGGCAGAUUCAUUCGGCUUCUAGUAAAGGACACACAUUCAUAAUCGUGGCCACGAACGACUUCACCAAAUGGGUGGAUGCUUCAGCUGUCAAGAAUAUUACUUCAGCAACGGUCAAGAAGUUCAUUGAAACCAAAAUUUUGCACAGAUUUAGGGUGUCCGAGUCAAACGGGCAAACGGAGGCCAGUAACAAAAUUAUGGUGAGUAUCAUCAAAAGAACGGUAGCUGAGAACCCAGAAAAAUGGCAUGAGAGGUUGGGGGAAACUUUGUGGGCAUACAUGACGUUCAAAAGGACGGCAACUGGAACAACCCCUUAUGCUUUGACUUUCGGACAAGAUGUUGUGAUUCCUAUGGAGAUUAAUGUAAGUUCAGUCAGAAUUCAUAAUCAGUUCGGGCUACACAGUGAAGAAUAUGUUCGAGCCAUAUGUCAAAAGAUUGAGGAUCUUGAUGUAGCUAGAAUUGAAGCUUUAAACAAGAUUCGAGAAGGAAAGAAAGUUGUUGCCCGAGCCUAUAAUAAAAGGGUAAAAUUGAAGAAUUUCAAAGAAUGA